AUGGUACCGAUCAUCGAUGAAGAUGUUUUAAACGAGUCAGAAACGGUGCUGGAUGACGAAAAUUCAGAAAAUGUAGCAGAAUGUGAGUUAACUCAAAAAGACCACGAAAUUAACGCUGAAUUCUCUAUUCCUGUACAACCACCGAAAAAAAAAAAAAACCAAGUAUCAGAUAAGUGUAUAGAGGAAGCCAUAGAAAUUUUAAAACGACCUUAUCCGACUGCCCCUACACCUGAUGAAUGGUCUGUUUAUGGACAGCAUCUUGCCAAUAAGCUUCGCAAAUAUACCCCUCAUACAAGUUCCAUUGUUCAACAUUAUUUUAAUAAUAUAUUGUUUGAAGCCGACAUGGGAAAAUAUGAAAUAGAUAAUCGCCAUAAUAUAAUUCAACAACCUCAAUAUUCCAACUUCCAUACCUAUUCAACACCAUCUGCAACAUUUUCUCAAAGCUCUCCAUCAUCAUCCACAGCAUCCCCAUAUCAUUACACGCCCGCCACUUCAUUGUCUCCAAAUGAACCACUUCAUGAGUUUCUUUUGCCAAUACCUCAAGCUCAUGUUACAGCAGAACCAUACAACGACAAUUGUGAAACUCGGCCAAAUUCAUUUUGUUAA